AUGAACUCCUCAGCAAAAAUCCUUUGCCUUGUCGCCCUCAUCUGCCUUUUGGCCGUCACCACUGAGGCUCAGUGGUACGGAGGAUACGGAUACGGAGGCUACCCAAGCUCCUACGGAGGUUACUAUGGUGGAUACGGAUACCCAUACGGAGGAGCUUACGGAUAUGGUGGAUAUGGAGCCUACGGUGGAUACGGUGGAUGGUACAAAAGAGAAGCUGGUUUCCCCCAACAACAACCACAACAACCACAACAACAAUUGAGUGGAAACAAGCAG